AUGAUCAAAACCUGCUUGAUACUGUCGUUGCUUAAAAUUUCGAUGCAAUGUACAGUACCUAGCUUCGAAAACAAUAUAAUAAAGGUAAAUGGUGAUAGUAUAAAAAUAAGUGGCUGUAUUUCACCUGACACCAUUCCAUUUGAAGGUACAAUUUCCACGAUAACUGCCAAAAAUCAAGAUAUUAAAAAUUUAAAUUACGGUGCGGUUCAGGGAAUUUCAAGUCCAUUUCGUAUCGACUUUUUCAAUACCAGCAUCGAGAUUAUAAGAGAAGGGGCCUUUUUGGAUCUUCCCCAACUUCAUCGCAUCUUUCUCGUGGGCAAUGAAAUCUUCUGGAUUAGUGAAAACGCAUUUCAAGAUUUGCAGUCGUUAACCGAAGUGUACCUGGACUAUAAUAAGAUCACAGAUGUGUCGCCGCGUGCCUUUAAUAAUCUUCCAGACUUAGUUACAGUAUCUAUUUUCGGAAAUCAAUUGGAACAUUUUGAGCAAGCCUGGUUCUAUAGAACGCCAGCCCUUCAGUUCUUAUCAUUGGGCCAGAAUCGCUUGCGCAAGAUUCCACGAGGUGCCUUUACCAACCUGCCAGCUAUUAGGGAACUGUGGUUUAUUAGAAAUGAAAUAGAGUUCGUGGACAAAGACGCCUUUAAAGGAUUAGGAAAUUUGAUAACUUUGAAUUUAGCUGAGAACAAAUUAAAAAGUUUUGAAUUUAAUUUCGCCAUCCCUGUGAAAUUUAUGAGAGUGAUUAUUGACAAUAAUAACAUAACCUACAUAUCUGAUAAAAUUUUGGACGUAAUACGACCUAAAUUAUCCGUACUUACCAUAGCUGAUAACCCUUUGCAAUGUGCGUGCCUCGAUAAAAUAAUACAAUGGAGUAACGCCUACAACAUAAAUGUUCCACAGAGGGAAUUUCAACAGGCCGGUGCCGUUUGUAUAAUUCCAAAGACAAAACCAAGCCAGUGUCUUGAAAGAAGUGAUGAUGAUUUUCAAAAGGGAUUCUGGGUUAGUUUUGCACGUGAACGUACACCAACCCAAGUUUUUGAUUAUCUCAAUUAACAAUAAAUU